AUGGAACAGACAGCUGCGGGACUGAUUGUUCUGGCACAAGGAGAAAGAGGGAGCAACUGGGCAUAUGGUUACAAUGGACAUUGGGGCGAGGAGAGUAACGGUUUACUCCAGCAGACGAUGGAGGCCGUUCGCAGGGAGGUGGCGAGAAUAGAUUACUACGGUGGAGUGGUGCUACUUCACAGCCUGAGUCGGGGCACAGGAUCUGGGCUCGGUUCCAAGCUGUGUGAGGAGAUCCGUGACACAUUUCCCGCCGGUCACAUUUUGACAGUGUCAGUGGCACCGCACCAAAGUGGAGAGAGUCCCCUUCAGCACUACAACACACUGCUGAGUUUAGCCUCACUGCAAAGGUCUGCUGACGGUGUGCUGACCCGAGCCCAGGCCCUACAGAGGGCGCUCAUGAGCACAUCAUCCUCUUUCUCUGGUGUUCCACCAGCAGCAGGCUCCCUCUCACACGUCACCUCAUGCAUGGCUGGACUUCUGCUGCCUGUCCACAGCCUCACCACAGCCAGUGGCCUGAGUUUAGGUAUGGAGCCCUGGGAGCUGAUGAGGUCUGUGUGCCCUUUACCUGCAGUCAAACUCCUCUACACCACGCAGGCUUGUUCCAGUAUAGUAGCCGGGCAGUGUUGGCUGUGGCCAGAGGCAACAAGGAUGGCUCUUUCCUCAUGUCCAAUGCACUUCAGAAGUUAAAUAAAAAGGUCAGCGAUGUGUCCUCUUGGAUCCCCUUUCCCCUUGACCACUGGACUGACCCUUUGAACAAGGUGGGAAACGCCCCUUCCUCUCGCCUCCUCACUGUCUGCUCCAAUCACAGCAGUGUUUCCUGCCUGCUCUGCCAUGUUGUGCAGCGUGCUGGGGAGAUGCUACAAGCAAGGGCCUACCUGCACUGGUACCAGCACUAUGGUGUGGAGGAGCAGGACUUUCAGCAGGCUUUGGACACAUGCUCAGCUGCCAUGCAGGAAUAUGACACUCAGUGACAUCCUGUUAGGGCUGCUAAUGAAAAGUCAAGCAGCUGUCUGUCAUAUAUGUCUGAAAAAUGAUUGCAGUAUUGGAAUGGAAACCAGUCAUGAGGUCAACUUAACACUUGUGUGAAGUGGACAUGAUGAACCACUAUGGACUUCAAUUCAGAGUCAUAUAAGUAGGCUAUGGCUUUGCUUCAAUGGUCAUUGUAGAGUCAAAUAUUCCCUAAUGUUUUUAUUUUUUUAAUCCUUUUUCCCCCUCUCGUAGGUGUUGGAUGAUAUAAAAUAUUUUAUUUGUAAUGAAAUGU